AUGCUUGCCUCUUCCCUUGUUUUGCUGUCGUCCCUGGUGGCCGGCGCAUUCGGCGCGGCCCGGACGUCGCCCCCCUCCGGCGCUCUUGUCGUUGCAAAGUCCGGGGGCAAGUAUACCUCCAUCCAAAAGGCUGUCGACGCCGCCAGUAGCGGCGCCGUCAUCUUUAUCCAGCCGGGCACCUACAACGAGCAGGUUCUGAUCCCGGCCAAGAAGGGCGCCCUCACUAUCUACGGCUACACCGCCAAUGACCAGGACUACUCCAAGAACCAGGUCACCAUCACCAACAGCCUUGGCGCCGACGAGGCCGGCAACAAUGACGCAUCCGGCACAUUCCGGGCCAAGAACGACAACCUGAAAGUCUACAACAUCAACAUUGUCAACUCGCGCGGUAAAGGCGUCCAGGCCAUCGCCCUGAGCGCCUACGGGAACCAGCAGGGGUACUACGGCAUCCAAGCCAAGGGGUACCAGGACACCGUCCUCUCCAACCAGGGCAAGCACUACUUCCACAACUCGUACAUCGAGGGCGCCACCGACUUCAUCUUUGGCCAAAGAGCCAUUGCCUGGUUCGAGGCCUGCACCAUCGCCAUCAGCGGCAAGGGCUACAUCACCGCCAGCGGCCGCGACGCCGAGAGCAACCCGUCCUGGUACGUCAUCAACAAGUCCACCGUAAAGGCCCUCUCGGGCGUCGGCGACGGAAACACCUUCCUCGGUCGCCCCUGGCGCACCUUUGCCCGCGUCGUCGUCCAGAACUCCAACCUCGGCUCCGUCGUCAACGCGGCAGGCUGGUCCAAGUGGGGGUCCAACCCGACCGACAACGUCGUCUACCAAGAGUACGCCAACACCGGCAAGGGCGCCAGCGGCACCCGCGCCAGCUUCUCCAAGAAGAUCAGUGCCGCCGUCAAGCUCGGUGACAUUCUCGGCUCCACCUCCUGGAUCGACUCCAAGUACACCAGCGGAAGCACCGCCAGAUCCACCUCCGAGUCGGCUGCCGUCGCCGAGCCUGCCGUCGCCGACUCCAAGGCCACGCCCACCACUCUCCAGACCGUCGUCAAGGCCUCCCCCACACCGGCUCCCCAGGCUGCGGCUGCGGAUGAUGACUGCAGCGGUACCCCCGACGGUUUUGCUUCCCUGAACGGCGGCACCACCGGUGGCAAGGGCGGCGAGGUCGUCACCGUCAAGACCCAGGCCGAUCUCGAAAAGUACGCCAGUGCCUCUGGCAAGUACGUCAUCAAGGUCUCGGGCAAAAUCACCAUCACUCCCAAGGGCAAGGAGAUCAAGGUGUCGUCCGACAAGACUAUUGUCGGCCUCGGUGACACUGCCGAGAUUGACCAAGGUGGUUUCAACGUUCAGAACCAGAAGAAUAUCAUCUUCCGCAACAUCAAGAUUGGCAACACCUACGUCGAGGGUGACAAGCAAGGCAAGACCCAAGACUUUGACGGCAUCCAGAUGGACAACAGCACCAACAUUUGGAUCGACCACGUCCACCUCGAGAGGGGCGGCGACGGUCUCAUCGACAGCCGCAAGGACACCACCUUCCUGACCGUGUCCUGGACCAUCCUGCGCAACCACAACAAGGCCUUUGGCAUUGGCUGGACCGACAACGUCGACGCGGAAAUCACAAUCCACCACAACUACUUUGACCAAACCACCCAGCGCAACCCCUCAGUCGACAACGUGAAGCACGCCCACCUCUACAACAACUACCUCGUCGGCCAGACCUCGUACGGCCACUACGCCCGCGGCAAGACGGAGAUGCGCAUGGAGAACUGCUACUUUGACCAGGUCCAGAACCCCAUCCAGCUCGACGCCACCGCCAAGCUCAGCGCCACGGGAAACGUCUUCGAGAGCACCACGGGCAGCACGGCCAGAAACGCCGGUCCCGUCUUUGACCCCCGGACGUUUUACGAGUACACCCUCGACGCCGCCGCUGAUGUGCCGAGUGUCGUUGCCAAGGGAGCUGGUCGCCAGGCUAGCAUUUGCGCAGCAUGA